GCCUCGUGAAAAAGGCGCAGAAGCGAAAGAAGAGCCUCGUUGAAAAGAUCGAUGGCCCCUCUGAAGCAGACAAGCUGCUUCCUCGGACGCUGGAGGAGAGGAUGAAUGCCAGGCGCAUUGUGGUGGUCUUGGAGAAAUGUGCGUUGGAGAACGUGGCUCCACGCAAGGGCGCUUUGGAGUUGCUCAACUCCGACGACCACAAGGGCAUUUGCCUCAAGACUGGCCGCGAUUUGGCAGACGUCAGGCCCGACAUCACCCACCAGUGCCUGAUGACUCUGCUAGACAGCCCAUUGAACAAGGCAGGAAAGCUGCUUAUCUAUAUCCACACCGCGAAAAACGUGCUGAUAGAGGUGCAUCCAUCCCUCCGUGUGCCUCGCACCUUCAAGCGCUUCGCAGGACUCUGUGUUGAGCUGCUGCAGCGCCAGAAGAUUCGCGCUGCGGGCGCCAAUGAAACACUUAUGAAGGUGGUUUCAAAUCCUGUGGAGAAGUACUUACCACCUGGAUGCCGCCGUUUUGGCAUGUCAGUCAGCGGCCGGCCAGUCAAGAUGCGAGAAUUUGCUGCAGAGCUGGAUGCUUCCGGGCAGUCCAUGCCAGUUCCCAUUGUCUUCGCCGUUGGUGGAGUGGCACGAUCCGACCCCGUCAUAGAGGCGACCUUUGGCGCAAACUACGUCGAGGAGAAUGUCUCGAUCUCGCCAUACGGACUCUCUGCUUCGUGCGUGUGCUCCAAGAUCUGCAAUGAGUUCGAGCAUCUCUGGGGCAUUUGCUGA